AUGAACGAACAACCGGCCCCGCUACCGGGGGGCUUCACCCCCGCGCCGCCCGCCUCCGCCCAGGAGAUGCAGCUGCUGAACAAGCAACUGGCCAACGGUUCGGGCGAGGGGCACCCCAAGCACCGCAAAGCCUUCCCCGUCCUGGGCAUCGACUACGAGCACGUCCGCAUCCCCUUCGAGAUCUCCCUCUGGAUCCUGCUGGCCUGUCUCAUGAAGCUGGGCUUCCACGUGAUCCCUUCAGUAUCCAACAUCGUUCCCGAGAGCUGCCUGCUCAUUGUGGUGGGCCUUUUGGUUGGGGGGCUCAUCAAAGGGGUGGGUGAAAAGCCCCCCAUCCUCAAGUCGAACAUCUUCUUCCUCUUCCUCCUCCCACCCAUCAUCUUGGAUGCCGGCUACUUCCUCCCCUUGCGUCAAUUCACCGAGAACCUGGGCACCAUCCUCAUCUUCGCCGUGGUGGGGACGCUCUGGAAUGCCUUCUUCUUGGGUGGCCUGAUGUACGCCGUGUGCCAGCUCGGCGGUCCCGGCCUGAACCACAUCGGCCUCCUGGCCAACCUGCUCUUCGGCAGCAUCAUCUCGGCCGUGGACCCGGUGGCCGUGCUGGCCGUCUUUGAGGAGAUCCACAUCAAUGAGCUGCUCCACGUCCUCUACCACCUCUUUGAGGAAUUUGCCAACUUUGAGCAGGUGACCAUUAUCGAUAUCAUCCUCGGCUUCCUCAGCUUCUUCGUGGUGUCCCUGGGCGGUGUCUUCGUGGGCGUCAUUUAUGGGGUGAUUGCUGCCUUCACGUCCCGCUUCACCUCCCACAUCCGAGUCAUCGAGCCCCUCUUCGUCUUCCUCUACAGCUACAUGGCAUAUCUCUCCGCUGAGCUCUUCCACCUCUCCGGCAUCAUGGCGCUCAUCGCCUCCGGCGUGGUCAUGCGUCCCUAUGUGGAAGCCAACAUCUCCCACAAGUCCCACACCACCAUCAAGUAUUUCCUUAAGAUGUGGAGCAGUGUGAGCGAGACCCUCAUCUUCAUCUUCCUGGGUGUCUCCACGGUGGCUGGCCACCACUACUGGAACUGGACCUUCGUCAUCAGCACGCUGCUCUUCUGCCUCAUCGCGAGAGUUUUAGGUGUCCUGGUCCUCACCUGGUUCAUCAACAAGUUCCGCAUUGUGAAGCUGACGCCGAAGGACCAGUUCAUCAUCGCCUACGGGGGCCUGCGAGGAGCCAUCGCCUUCUCCCUCUGUUACCUCCUGGACUAUAAACAUUUUGGCAUGAGGGACAUGUUCCUCACAGCCAUCAUCACAGUCAUCUUCUUCACAGUCUUCGUGCAGGGCAUGACCAUCCGGCCCUUGGUGGACCUGCUGGCCGUGAAGAAGAAGCAAGAGACAAAACGCUCCAUCAACGAAGAGAUCCACACGCAGUUCUUAGACCACCUUCUGACAGGGAUUGAGGAUAUCUGUGGUCACUACGGGCAUCACCACUGGAAGGACAAGCUGAAUCGCUUCAACAAGAAGUACGUGAAGAAGUGCCUGAUUGCGGGGGAGCGGUCCAAGGAGCCCCAGCUCAUCGCUUUCUAUCACAAGAUGGAGAUGAAGCAGGCAAUCGAGCUGGUGGAGAGUGGGGGCAUAGGCAAGAUCCCCUCCGCUGUCUCCACCGUCUCCAUCCAGAACAUCAACCCCAAGACCCUUCCCGUGGAGCGCAUCCUUCCGGCCCUGUCCAAGGACAAGGAGGAGGAGAUCCGGAAAAUCCUUCGCAACAACCUGCAGAAAACCAGGCAGAGGUUACGAUCCUACAACCGGCACACGCUUGUGGCCGACCCCUACGAGGAGGCCUGGAACCAGAUGCUCUUGCGGAGGCAGAAGGCCCGGCAGCUGGAACAGAAGAUGAACAACUACCUGACAGUGCCGGCUCACAAGCUCGACUCGCCCACCAUGUCCCGGGCUCGCAUCGGCUCAGACCCGCUGGCCUAUGAACCCAAGGCGGACUCGGAGAACCUGCCCAUCAUCACCAUCGACCCAGCCUCCCCGCAGUCCCCGGAGUCCGUGGACCUGAUGAACGAGGAGCCCAAGGGCUGCGGCGGCCUCCCGCCCUCGCCCGAGGAGGACGAAGAGGGGCUGGUGAUGCGGGUGAAGGAGCCUUCCUCCCCCGGUACUGACGACGUCUUCACCCCGGGGACCAGCGACAGCCCCAGUAACCAGCGGAUGCUGCGAUGCCUGAGCGACCCGGGCCCACGGCCGGAGCCGGAAGAGGGAGAACCCUUCAUCCCCAAGGGGCAGUAG